AUGUCUCUAGUGGAUUGGUCCCAUGAAGCUCUAGCGCAUCUAGGGUUACGGCAGAAGGAUUUGCCUCUGGGGCUACGGCAGAAGGAAGUGAAAAUCUUGCUCUUGGGGCUGGAUAAUUCAGGGAAGACUACCCUGCUUCAUAUGCUAAAGGAUGAGGUAUUUUCAUUGGUUCAGCACCAGCCCACCCAGUUCCUGACUUCAGAGGAAUUGCGUGUAGGGAAGAUAAAGCUCAGAGCUUUCGACUUCAGUGGUCGCCAGAUCGCUCGCAGAGCCUGGCCGGACUACUACACUAAGGUGGAUGCCAUAGUGUAUCUGGUGGAUGGCGACAAGGAGAGGUUUGCGGAAUCAAAGAGGGAGCUCAAUGCCCUCCUUUCAGAUGAAGCUCUUGCUAAGAUGCCCUUCCUCAUGCUCGGGAACAAGACGGAUAUCCCACAUGUAGCUUCGGAGGACGAGCUGCGAUAUCUCGGGCUCACCAGCUUGAUGAGUGGCAAGGAAAUGAAUCUUGCAGAUCAGACCGCUAGGCCCCUCAAGGUGUUCACAUGCAGCGUCGUGUGCAAGAUGGGCUACGGCGAAGGGUUCAGGUGGAUGUCGCAGUACAUCAAGUAG